AUAUUUUUCAUGGAAGAAGAAAAAAAAAAAGUGUGUGUAGCGAAGAAAAAUCUGCGACGGAGAAGAAUUUUUCCAUAAUUUAUAAAAAAAAAAUUUAACCAGUUUCGCAUUAUUUAAAGCUCUCCAAUGUAAAAAAUAUAUAAAACAAAAUUUUCUCUAGUUUAAGUGUAAAUUACAUUUUUAAUAAAGUGCAAAAACCACCAACAAAAGUAAAACAAAAAAAAAAAUAAAAUCCCAGAAAAGAAAAAUUUUUUCUUGAAAGUUUAAAAAAGUCAGUCAUUUCUUUUUUCUAUUGUCUGUCUACUCAGUGUGCGUUGUUUCUUCUCGCUCUCUACAAAAAAAAAUAUUUGCUGCUACUUUGUGACCCUAGAUAAAUUAUUUUCUUUUAUCUUUUCUCUCAAAAUUUUAUUUCCUUUCUAUUUGAUGUGUAAAAUUUGUAUAUUUCCAAAAUAAAUAGUAAAAUAUUUUUAUUUUUUAUUAUUUUACUAUUGGAAUUGCUUUCGUCCAACAAAAAAAAACGAACAAAAAAAAAGUUGACCAACAGCGAAAACAAUAAGAAGGAAAAAUACAAAAGAAAAAAAAAAAAAAGUAGUAGAUCUACGCAGUGUGAGCGACGUGACAAAACACGAACAAAAAACAACAACAACAAAAGUUUUCUCAGUGAAGAAAAAAAAAAGUGUCAAAGAAGAACAACAACAAAAAAAAAAAAAACUCCAAAAAAAGGAACUUUUGGAAAGACGCAGAGUGAAAAUCUCGAGAAAAACAAAUGUUUUUAAAAGUUUUUCUCAAUUUUCUCCAAGAAAGAGCGACGGAAUCCCUUAAAAUAGAUUCAAAAACCGUUAGAUUAUAAAAACGAAACAAAAACUUUAAAAACAAACCCCAAAAAAGGGAGUAAAGCACUUUUGCAUUUUUUUGAAAUAUCAAUUUUUCUGUUUUCCUUUUUUUUAUUAUUUUAAAAAUUUUUAUUUCAUUUUAUUUUUUUGUAAAAAAAACUCUGUGCAGUAUAUAAAAAAAAAGUUAAGUUAAAUAGUUUUUAAGAGGAGAAGCUAGUAUUUUUUUUUUGUAAAACAAAAGAAAAAAAAAAUGAUGGAAAUAGCGAUAAAUUCGGUCGCACGAAUGAAUGGUUUUACACCGAAAACGAUAACGGCAGCAGCUGGAGGAGGACCAUAUCACGGUACUCCAGCUACGUGCAAUGGAAAGAGCAGUCAUAUAUUCUCAUUCACUUCGUCGACGCUGUCGUCGCUGGCAGCGUCUGCUGUUGCUUCGGCUGUCGUCGCGACAACUGCACCUGCUGCUGGAGUCAGCAACAAGAACAGCAGCAAUAACAACAAUAGUCUCAUGCCACAAAAGCAUAAUAAUAACAAAUCUUUAUCAUCAUCAACCGCUCCUUCUUCUUUGGCAACAACAUCAGCAACGUCAGUUUCAGCGGUAGCAGUGGCAGGAGGAGCUCUUGCAGUUGUCCAAUCAACAACAGCAACAGCACAAUCAUUAUCAUCAUCAUCAACAACUACGACUUCAUCAAUAUCGAAGAACAAUGCAAUUCCGUCCGAUAUACUUGACGAUUUAGCCAGUCGUUUCAUCAUUAAUGUGCCCGAUGAUGAACGCACCGAUCUAAUCCGGAUAUGCUUUCAAAUCGAAUUGGCACACUGGUUCUAUUUGGAUUUCUUUUGUGCAAUUGAAGAGAAGAAACUGCUGCCGUGCGGCAUUAAGCAGUUUGCUAUGCAAUUAUUUCAGCAUAUUCCAUUUCUUCGAAAACAUUUGUCAACAAUCGAUAAAAUUUUAGAAGACUGGAAAAAUUAUAAACUAUCUGUUCCUACAUAUGGAGCUAUUUUGAUAUCGGAAGAUCUCAGUUAUGUGUUACUUGUGCAAUCCUAUUGGGCAAAAAGCUCAUGGGGCUUUCCCAAAGGGAAAGUUAAUGAAACCGAAGAUCCAGUACAUUGUGCCACAAGAGAGGUAUAUGAAGAAACUGGCUACGAUAUAACCGGACUAAUUGUACCAAAUGAUUAUAUUGAGGCUGUUAUCAAUUAUCAAUAUACACGCUUAUAUAUUGUGCGUAAUGUUCCAUUGCAAACACAAUUCUCACCGCGUACUCGCAAUGAAAUCAAAUGCUGUGAUUGGUUCCCAAUCGAUUCGUUACCAAUAAAUAAAAACGAUGCCAUAUCAAAAACUAAUCUUGGCCUAAAUGCCAAUUCAUUCUUUAUGAUAAUGCCAUUUGUGAAGCGACUCAAAAAAUGGGUGAAUGACAAUCGAUCUGGUAUCGAGACACGUCGCAAAUAUCCACCCACCAAUAUUAAUAAUAAUAAUAUAAUAAAUACAAACAAUAACAGUACAACAAUUACAACUACAACAACAACAUCAUCAUCAACAACAACACAAGCAGGAGUUGCAGCAGGAUCAGCAGUUUUAUUAGCUUCGGUUACUUCGACUACAGCUAAAUCAUCAUCAUCACCACCAACUGUUGGCGGUGGUAUUGGAGGUGUGAUAAUUAUUUCUAAAAAUACAUCACCCACAUCAAUGUUAAUGUCAAAGAAUCAUAAUAAUCAUAAUAAUAAUAAUCAGAAUAUUAUAAACAAUAAUUGUAAAAAAGAUAAUUUAAUGGAUAAUGGUAUAAGUAGUAAUGUGCGAAUUUACAAUGAGAAUAUUGCCUUAAAUAAUAAUGGAAACGGAUCUGUGAGCAACAAUAAUAAAAAUCAUAAUAAUAACCAAAACAGCAACAACAACAACAACAACCAGAGCAAUGCCAAUAAUUGCAAUCGUGGUAAUAAUAAUAAUAAUAAAAGACAACGCCACAAAUCUAUGGGUGAUAUCGAUGGUAUUAAGUUAAAUAUAAGUAACAAUACAAAUACAAAUAGUAAUAUAAAUAAUAAUAAUAAUAAAUCCAACAACCAAGGUGGUACAAAGGCCAGCAAUAAUACUAAUAAUAAUAAUAACAAUAAACAUGCUAAGGUGCAAAUGCAACAACAACAACAACAACCACAUAAUUCUGGAGGAGGAAGUGGAAGUGGAAAUGGUGGCAGUGUUGCUGCAGGAGCACCACAAUUAGCGGCUCCACCUAAAAGACAACUGUUUCACAGUCAAAGCCAAAGCGGUACAACCAAUAUGAGUAACUUGUACUCAGAAGAAUGGACUAACCGCAAGCCGCAACACAAUGUGAUAAGCUCAUUCGACUUGAUCCGUAAGGAGAAACAACAAUUGCAAAUGCAGCAGCAACAACAGCAGUUGAAGGAGAAAGAAAAAGAGAAGAAUGCGCCAGUGAAUAACGCAAGCAGCGAUAAGCAGCUGAAGAAGGCCAACAAUAAUUUGCGCACACGCACCAAAUCACAGAGCACUACCUGUAAUACUAAUCAACAACAAGUAUCAACAACAUCAUCAACAACAAAUACAAAUAAUACUGUGAUUCAAUCGAAGCAGCAACAGCAUUCUGGUGGAGCAGCAGCAGUUAAAACUGCCAAAGAAAAGCCGAUAACACCUCCCCCUGCCCCACCAUCUCCUACAACCAAUAAAACUGCUUCUGCAAAAGCAACACAAUCAUCAUCAUCAACAAUUUCUCAAAAUGAGAAAACGCGAUCCGUGUCUCUGUCAAUAGCAGCUACAUCACAAAAAAUCAAAAAUAACAAUAAUUCCAUCCCAAGAUCAAUCACACCACCAACAACAUCGAACACUUCCACAACAACCACCAAUAACAAGAGCACCACCACCACCAAUGCCACCAAAAUUUCAUCAUCAUCAUCAUCAACAACAACAAAAUCAACAUCAUCUGCUGAAGCAGCAUCAAAUCAAAUUCUAAAGUUCAAUCCAAAUUUCGACUCAUGGACCAAUUUCUCAUUUACAAAAAAUUUUAUUGCUAAUGUUUUUUGUUAAAAAAAAACAAAACAAAACAAAAAAUAACAACCAAAUCCAACGAUGAUGACGACGACGACAAAAAUGACAACCAAUAAUAAUUGACGACUGUGUCGAUCAAAAGAUCGAAAAAAAAAAAAAAAACAAAUAAAAAUAUUUUUUGUUAAAUUAAAAUUUUAUUAAUCGAAAGUUUUUUUUUUAUUCUAUUCUAUUCUUUCUUUCCUUUUUUUGUAGUUAACUUGAUAUCAUCUCAGUGAAAUAGAUUCUCUUUUUACUAUCUUUUUAUUUUUUUUUUUAACGAGCUCUUAGUACUUUUGUUCAUAUUUAUUUGUAAAAACAAAACCGGUUGUUUGAGUAUUUUCUACUUCUGACCAAAUACUGGUCCUUUUUAUCUAUUAGCGCCGUAUCCAUUUUAAGGCUCUAUUUAGAGUUUGGUAAGAUUAUCUGAGACAAAGACGUUUUAGUUUCCCAGCAGAAGUGUUAUGCCAGGUUGAAAACCUUUAUUUUGCGUUCUCCAAUGAGACGAAGAAAACGUUGCGUCGAAAUAAUCUUACCAAAAUUUGAAAUAAUCCUAGCUUUGCUUGAAAUAGUUUUUUUUUAACAAUGAACGUCAAAGCUCGAGAGCAUUUUUUUUAAUCAAUUUUAAGCUCGUAACAUAUCUUUUAAAUGACUAAUAUGAAAUCUUGAGAAAAUGUAAAUAAAUACUUUGUUAAUUCAAUUUUUAAUAAUUUUUUAAAAAGGAAUUUUUAAAGAAUUUUCAAUGCUAUUGGCAAUAAACCGUCUUGAAUUUUUUCAUACCUCAAAUAUCGGAUCACUUUUUAAUCAAAAAUUCUGUGAUCCUUUUGAGAAAACAAAGUUUUUCCUAAUUCAAUAAUUUCAUUUCUCAAUACUAUGAUUCCUUUCAUUAUGAUUUAUUUUUAUAUAAUUUACCUACCUCCAAAGAAUGUUUUCUUUUUAAAUAUUCUUUGAUUUAUAAAUCCUAAAAUAAUCAAGUCUUGAGUUUAAAUAUUUAACUUUGGCAAAAAAAGAUAAAUCACGAAUGCCAACGAUCCGAACGAGCACAAACUCUGUGUGAUUAUCUUUGGAAUUUGUACCUCAAUUCGAAUAGAAUUCUUUAAAGGGCUGAACAAUAAAAAUACCGCGUAUAAAGGGUUCUCAAUUAGUAAUCGGUGAAGUCUAUUCAUGUAUACGAAAUCGAGUGAAAGGAAAUAACGAGACACAGAAACAAACUUAUUUAUUUUGGACUUCAUCUAUUAUUCGGUCUUAUCGUGAAUUCCAUUCGCAACGAAGAAUCCAUUAUUAGGACAACUUUUAUACAAGUUUGUAUUACAAACGGAUUCGUUACGAAUGCAAGUGGAAUUCAUGAUGAGACCAAUUAUUCUGGACACCUAAAAAAUAUACACAAUUUUAAAAGAAAUUUAAGGUCCAUGAUUUUUUAAUUUAACUUAUUUUUAUUUCUUUAUCAAAAGAAAAAACUCAACAAAUCUUUUUUUUUAACAUUAUUUCUCUUAAAAAAGGAAAUUCACUUUUUUUUUUAGUUUUUUUCCUUUUUAAAUAAAAAUUCAAAAUAAGAAAAAAUUAAUCCUGAACAUUAAAAUUUAAAAAAAUAAAAAAAAUUAUAUAAAAACAAAAAAUAAAAACACCAAACCACAAUAGAGUUGUUGUUUUGUAAAAGCUUCCUCAAAAUAUGUUCUUUAUAUAUAAAUCCUAUUUUGAGGAUGUUUCGUAGCCUGGCAAAAAAAAUGUAUUUAUGUACCUAUUUCUAUAUUACUAAUUUUUUUUUAAUUAAAAAAAAUAUUUAAAAACAAAUUUAAAACAAAAGUAUUAAUAAUAAUAAUACUACUACUUAACAAAAAUUAAAAAUUAUUAUGUAAUUGGAAUCUAAAAAAAUUAUUCGAGACCAAAAAAUAACAAAACAAGUGAUCUGUAAAAAAAAAUAAACAAAAAUAUGAAGUUUUUUUUUUCUUAAUUGUUAAUUUUAUCCUAAUUUUUGUAAUUUUUUUUGUACAGAUAUGAAACACCAUUCAAAAUGGGGUUUAUUAUUCUUUUUUUUUUGUUCAUUUUCUUAAAGGAAAAAACAAGUAAUUUUAAACAUAUUUUUGUAUAAAUAAAACAAAAAGAGGUUUUUAAAGAUGUGAUGUGUGAAAAAAAUAUAUAUGUAAAAAAAACUUAAUGAUAUGUUAAAAAAGAAGAAGAAGAAACAAAAAAAAAAAAUAAUAAGAAAACUUCUGGUUUAUAGCAGGACUAUUAAGUGUCUUUGUUUUUGACUGACUAGAUCAUAAGAACAUAAACAUUUCAUAAUGAAUUAAGUAAACUUUAAAAAACAUAAAAAUGAAAAAAUAAAAAAUAAAUAUGGCAGCUUUCUUCUAAAAAAAAAAAAACAAACGAAAAAACAACAUUAUUCAACAUUCUUGUCUUCAGAACCAUUGCGGUUCUUCAAUAUUAUAAUGUAAUAAAGUUUUAAGAAGGCUAACAAAAUGUGCACAAAAUUGUAUUAAAAAAUAAAGCUUAAAGCUUUAAAAGGUGUUAAUACCUAGUUGUAUAAAAAAAAUAUAAAUGUAAUCCUAAUAAGAAUAAUACGAUAUUUUAUGUAAUAAUCACACUGCGCGCUUGAAUCAAAGGCUCUCAAGAGAUGUGUAUCAAAAAGCUUUUUAAAGUUUUACUUUGGCUUCGAAUAAUAUAUUUAUAAACUUAUUACAAAACAGCUUUAAAGGGCUUUAAUUUUUUCACUAGAUCGCCGCCGGGACAAAUUUCUUCUCUUUCCUUUAUUCAUUCUAAAAAAAUUUCAUUUGCUUUAAACUAUUUUAAGAUAUUAAUGUUGCUUAAUUAAUACAAAUCGAUAAGUUAGAAAGCACUUACUGCAAUGGCGUAGAAAUCGAUAACACAAGUUGGUCAAGAACAUUUUUUUUAGUAUGAAGUUUAUAUAAAUGUUUUAAAGUUUUUAAUGUAUUAUCAGCUAGGGGUUUCGAUAUGCAAAUUUUAAAAUACAAACUUUUUUUGACCAUAAUUCAGAUAAAGUCGGUCUCCAAUCCUUUGGUCAACACGUUCAACAUACGUUUAAAUUAAGAUAUUUAUCCUUUUUAAUAGUUUCACUCGAAAAACUUUUCACUCAAAAUAUCUUUGUUCGCGCAGAAUUGUAAAAUCUACUGCGAGUUUCACUUGAACCAAAUUUAUAAUUUCCGAAAGACUGGAUUCUUUUUCGCCUCAAAAAUUUAAUAAAAAAUAGAGCUACCAUGCAUGGCCCGUGCUCAAUUUUUCGCCACUGAUUCAGUUUUUUGUGACAUAAAUUUGGAUAAGAUUAAAUCCGGAAACAUUCCACUUAAUUUUUCCCCUAUUCUUUUUUGUUCUGAACUAUUUUUUAAGUGACGCGAAACAAUUGCCAGAGUUUUUUUUCACUGCAAUUAUGAAAGAUGAACAGGGGACUAGUCAGAGGAAACUUAUUAGUUAAGGUGAAACUCGCAAAUAUUUUUGAACUCUGGCUGGGAAAAUGUUUCCGAUGAAAAGUUUUGCACUUGAAACUCAAAAUAACAAACAAUGGGAAAUCUCAUUGGGGCCUAUAGUUGACUUAAAGGAGCAUUUUUUUUCAUUGUGAAAAUUUUCUCAAAAAAGAAUUCAAAAAAAAUCUUAGUGCUUCAUUGGUUGUGGGUCUUGCCAAGAAAAAGGGUAAAAGGAGCAUUUUUAGACACCAAAAUCUAAAUUUUCUUCCAUAAGAAAAAAAGUUGGUUUAUUCGUUGUCUUUUACAAGAGUAUGCAUAUGCAACCAUAGUUAGUUAUAUAAAGAGGCUUAAUAUAUUACAUUGUUACAUAGGAACACAAAAAAAGGGUGUACAAAGCACCAGAACCACCUAGGGUUAUGUAUUUCGAUGUCCUGGAUCCGAAUUCCGUUUGGCCCCAUCAAGUUCUGGUUUUGAGUAAAUUGCAAAAUACCUAUAACAAAAAAUACUGUUUUUAUGUUUUUUUUUUUUAUUCACUCAACACCUUUUCGGCAUAAACGAACCUUAGAUUCGUAUUCAAGGCAUUGAAAUACAUAUUCCUGGGUGGGUCUAGUGUUUGUAAUUGUACACAUUCUGGGAAAUAUCCACCAAUGUGCAUGCAGGCGUACGAACACAAAGAGUAGAAAUACUGGUUGGAUCUGAUGUCACGCAAGAAAUCCUCUUAAUAAAAACCAAAAAUUUGUUUCUGACUAAAUUUACGAAUUACGUGCUAGACCGCCCUAAAGAUCCCUUGGUUAUUUUCUAACUACAUACUUAUUUUUCAUUGUUUCGUGCACCGGUGAUUGACUAACUUAUCGAUUUCAAUGCCAUUUCAAAGCACCUUUAAAUUUUACAUGCUCAGAGUUUUAUUUUUUUUUUUAUUAUAUUCAGUAAAUUUCAAAUAUAUAAAUGUUUUGUAAUUUUAUCCUAUUUAUUGUACAAUAUUGUACAACCAAAAAUGAUAAGUUGUACGAAUAAUUAUAUUAAGAAAAAUAAAAUAAAGUAUUGUUAAAAAUGAGCCUUAAUUCAUCAUCUUGAUUAUAAACAAACUGUCUGCUGUCAUCCUAGUACAAAUUCUCCAUACCAAUUAAAUUGUAUUUAAUAAAAAUAUUAAAUACGCCAAAUAAAAAUAAAAUGAUAAAUAAAAAAUAUCAAUUAAGAAAAAUUAUUUCUUCAUAAUUUAAAAAAAAAAAUAAUAGAAAAUUAUAAUUUUCAUAUAAUGAAUAUUUGUUGUGUACCUUCUUUUUAUCUUGUUUAAUUUUUUUUUUUUUAUAUUUUAUUAUUUUUUUUAGACAACCAAAUAUAUAUAGCAUAUGGUGAUAUAUCUAUAUAAAUCGGUGCUCCAAAACUAAUAUGGUUUUCUAUUAUGUAUUUCCAUUCACAUCACAUCUUGCUAAAAAAAUAAAGGCAAUUUAAAAAAAAUAAAAGUGUUUUAAAAAAGAAAAGAAGAAAAAAAAAACAGAAACAUAUAAAACGGAAGCUUUAAACAAACAAUAAUAAAUAAAAAUCAAUAGAAGCAAAAAAUAAAAACAAAAAAUAAUAAUUAACAUCAAUUCUUUGAAAUAAAUUAAUAAAAAAUAAAAUUUAAUAAAAAAUAAACAAAAAAAAAAAUAAAUUGCAAAUAAUCAAACAUUUGUAAAGUACAGAAUAAAAGAACAAAACAAAAAAGCAUUUUUUUUAAACUUUAAUUAUGUUUCUUUUUUUGAAAGUUUCCUUUGUUUCAAUAAUAACAAUAAUAAAAAAAAAAAAAAUACAACAAUAAAUUGUUAAAUAUAAUUCUCACAUAAAAAUUAGUGCUUUAUUCUUUCAGCAAAAUAUUUUUUAAAAAUGAAGCCUUAGCACUGAGUUGCAGUUAAAUAAAUAAAAAAAAAAAACAAUAAACAAAAUGAAUUUAAUUGAUAUAAAUAAACGAAGCGAAAGCAUAAA